AUGUGGAACGAGAGCACAGCUGUGGAUAAUUCCGUCUCACCCAGCUUGUCACCUGUAACGGAGGACUUUUUCGAAAGCGAGAAGGAUUUCGAAAGUGAGGAGGAGUUUGGUGAUGAUGAGGAGUAUGAGUAUGUCGAGAAUCUCGAGAAUGGCGACACCAGAGACCCUCAUUCAGCCCGGGGUCGUCAUUCGGUCACAGCCGAAUACCGUCCGGCAACGCCCGAUUAUCGCCAGGCCACUCCCCACUUUCGUCCGGACACGCCCAGCUACCGCCUGGCUACUCCCAAGAGUUCCAGCAUCGGCACGCGCAGUCCCAGCGUUGACUUGAGCAGUCCAAAGUUCCAUUCGGUUCAGCCUGAGCACUUACCCAGCCACCCCGAGCUAUAG